CUCUGCUCUCUCCGCGCAGCGCGCCUCUCUCCUCUUGAGCGGAGAGUUGAUCAGUGUCCGGACGGAUUCACCUGAUGGAUGAAUGGGAGCUCCGUGACCGACCUUGCUCUCCGUCUCUGUCUCAGCGGACACGCGCCUCGGCUCGGGAUCGAUUAUUGGCGAAUGAUUGGCGGCUGACAAUGAGCGCGUGAGCGGAGUUGAGCGCUUCAAACCGACGGGACUCCACUUUCUUCUUCUUCAUCCAUCACCUCCUCCUCCUCCGACAUGAAGACUCCUCUCAGUCCAUCUCAGCUCCUGGAGAGUGGGCAGAUCUUUGCCUUCGGUGGGAUGUGUCAUGAGCUGAUGGAGGCUCCCACGCCUACAACCAUCAGUCUCUCCGUGCAGCAAACUCCGACUCCAGGUCAGGGCGGGGCCUACUCGCUGUGUGAGGUGUGCAACCUGCAGCUGACCUCCUCCGCUCAGGCCCAGCUACACUACAACGGCAGGUCUCACCUCCGGAGGGUGAGGCAGCUCCAGGCUGGAGAGACGGCACAACAGGCAGCAGGGACUCAGUCCAGGUGUCUUCCCCGGCCUACAGGCCUCAGCUCCCAGCCUGCAGGACUAACUCCGACUCCCGGUCACAGUCCGGCCCUCAGCGCUCCAUCUAGUACAGCGGCAGGAAGUGGGUGUGGAGCAGUGGGCGGGGCAUUGCCAGGACUCAUAGGUGCCACCGGUCCCUCAGUGAUGAUGAAACCGUUCCUGUCAUUUCCUGUCGAGACGACGUCACCGGUCGGGCUUUUCCCAAACUUCAACACGAUGGACCCCGUGCAGAAAGCUGUCAUCAAUCACACCUUUGGCGUUACCAUGGUGCCCAAAAAGAAGCAAGUCAUCUCCUGUAACGUCUGCCAGCUGAGGUUCAACUCUGACUCUCAGGCCGAGGCUCAUUACCGAGGCAGCCGACACGCCAAGAAGCUCAAGUCUCAGGAGAACAAGUCCAAGCUGCCAAUCACCACGGAGACCAAUGGGAGCGGCUGUAGUCCCGCUGGCCCCGCCCCUUUAGUCCUGGCUGCCAGCGGCUCCAGUCAACACACAGAACUCUUAUCCAGUGACACCACCUCCCCUCCCCUCAAACCCUUCCUCCUCUCCUCCACCUCCCCCCUCUGCUCCUCCUCCCCCUCCUCCAGCAGAGCAGGCAGCGAGCCUCCCCCCUCCAGCCCCCCCUCCGCUCUCCCAGCUCCGGGCCUCUCCUCCUCUUCGUCCUCCUCUUCUUCUUCCUCCAAAGCGUCUCCUCCUCCUCCUCCUCCUCCUCCUCCAGCUCCGGUCACAUCCUCCUCUUCCCCUCCUCCUCCUACUCCUCCUUCCUCCCAGGAUGCUCCUCCUCUCUCAGCAGAGUCAGAGGAGGAGAAGGCGAAGAAGCUGCUGUACUGCUCCCUUUGCAAAGUUGCCGUCAACUCGCUGUCUCAGCUGGAGGCUCAUAACGCAGGUUCGAAACACAAAACGAUGCUGGAGGCCCGCAGCGGCGCCGGGCCGAUCAAAGCUUACCCUCGACCCGGAUCCAAGCUGAAGAGCAGCAGCGGCAGCUCCACGGUGAAGGGCUCCGGCCUGCAGAACAAAACCUUCCACUGCCAGAUCUGCGACGUCCACGUUAACUCCGAGAUCCAGCUGAAACAGCACAUCUCCAGCAGGAGGCACAAGGACAGAGUGGCAGGAAAACCCAGCAAACCCAAAUACAGUCCUUACAACAAACAGCAGCGCGGCUCACUCACUAAGGAGCUGGUCAAGCCCUCCCUCUCUCCUUCCUUCCUCCCCACGCCCUUCGCCUCUCCUCCCGCCUCCCUCACCCCCUCCAUCUCGCUCCCUCCCUGCUCCCUCUCGUCCUCCCCCCUCCUCACACCCACCUCCUCGCACCUCACCCCGGCCAUCUCCCUCCACCCUCGCCCUCCGGCCACCUCCACCCUCUUCACCGCCUCCUUCCUGCGUCCAGCCCCUGGACCAAUCAGAACUAGCCAAGGAUCCAUCCUCUUCACGCCCUACUGAUGUCGCCGGUGUGUGCGGGGGGGGGGAGUCGAACCAGCAACCUUUGGCCGGCCUGACCCGACUUCUUUGUUGGAUCUGCAAUGGGCCGUGAUGGCUUGCAGGGUUUCCAACCUGCGACGUCCUCCUCCUCUCGGUCUGGAUCAGACACCUUCCAGCCGACCGUCUGAUCCAGGAGAGGAGUCACUGCUCUAAAUAAACCACAGACCUGAACCUGAACAGACUCGGACGCUGAAAGGUUCCCACACAUAACAGAACACCAGGAAUUCUUCUAUGCACACGUGUAAGUACUGGAAACUUCCAGGAUAAGUUUUUGGAAAGGCUACUGAGUUUUUCCGCCCGAAGGCAAUAAGUUAGUGGCCGUUGGAAACUUCUUAACGUCUGGAAAGAAAUCCAGCUCAUUUGUUGUCUUAAGUCACGGUGUUGCUCCCAAUUCAGCUGAAACGGAAAAGAAACACGAGAAACAUUCUCACAAAACACCUCAUCGUCUGUGGAGAAUGGCUGGUUUUACGGCAGCCUGAACUGACCCUGAAGAAAGAAACUAACAUGGUGAAGACAGUAAUUUUCAGGCUGAAGAUGCAGCUCGCGUCGGCUCAGGUCGGGUCAUCAGCGUUCGGAGGAGCUAACCAGCACAAAACAAGAUGUCAGAAAAACUCAUCGUGAACAACUACUACUGCAAGAGGAGAGAGAAAUUAACGGAUAACACUGGAUGUAUUCUAAUAUUUUUUUUUCUCUCAUUGUUAGAAAAUGUCACGAAGAGACCAAAACCAACAAAGUGUUAGUCUGCCUCUAAAUACCUGUUCUCUGUCUCCGGUCCUUUGAUUCCUACAGAAAACAUCCAUCAUUGUUUUUAGUGCCCUUUAGUAAUUUAAAUGUCAACACGCAGACAGCUCUGCAACUGUUCCUCCUGCUCUCUGGGUAAGAAACAUAAAAAGCAGAACAUUUACUUGCAAUAUGUCCGCCUUGUCUACAUCACCAGCCCAGAGUAAGAUCUGAAAACCUCCAGCAAACACUUUCAUUUUGACCGAGUGACGGAUAUAACGGCCUUAUAUCUGGUUAGAAAUCAGCUUAAAAUCCUUAAAUAAUUCAAAUUCUAAAUUCUAAAUAGGUGCAACUUGUGGCCAGAAAUGAUAGUGAAGUGGCAGCACAGCCCUCAGUGUCCUCAACGGCAGCUACAGUCAAGCCAAGCUGGAAUAAAGCAGAAUUACAGGAGCCUAAUUUAACUUCCUCUGAGUGUAAUUGCUGGUAGGACCCUGCAAAACGUAUGAACUUAAGCAGAAAGCUUUUUUUUGUUUGUUUGUCACAACCUGCUGAUUUAGUUUCUUUAUGUUCUGAGCACUACUUCUUCUUCCUGUGUGUCUGAUGUCUCUGCUGCCUAUUAUAGACUCAUUGUGUUCUCUGGACGUGGCUACUUCCUGGUUUUACAGUGAAAAGGCCUUUGGUCCUGAAAACUGUUUUUUUUCUUUUCUUUUAUUCAGCCUUCCUGCUUGCAGAACUGAAACUUCUCUCACAAAGAGUCAGAGAAACCUUUUAAAACACAUCAAUGGAACUUUUCACAAACUGCACGUUUUCACCUCCCAUGAGCAAAACUAAAAGUAUUUUCUGUUUUUUUUUUUUUUUUUGUGCUCUUCUACUUUAUUUUACAGUAAAUGUUGUAAAUAUACGACAAGAAGUUUUG